GGCUUCCCCAAACAAACGGGCCUACCACUUGCUUCCACAUGCUUUUGCUGCUGUUGCAUUGAUAAUAUUUUUUUUUCAAGCCUCUCCGUUUUCUUGCUUCGCAUGCCACCGGACUUGGCAUCUGAAAACAUGCUCGGUAAAAAGUUACUUGCAUAAAGACCACGCGGAAAAGCCUCCCGUUUGCAAGUACAUAUUGACCACCUUGCCUACCCCAACGCCUGCACCAUCUGCGACGUCACCUCGUGGUCUAAAUCCCCUCUUUUGCCUCUCUUCCUUCUUCUUUCCCUUCUGCGCAGCCUCAAUCCCUCUCAUAUCGCUCAUACCGUCGCCAUGCGCAUAUCAUUCGCUUCUAUACUGGCCGCGGCUGCCACGCUAACCGGCCUGGCCUCUGCCGGAGAGGCAGCUAACGGAACCAUCGACAAUGGCCCAUUUCCCAACGACCUCAAUGGUUCCAACUUUACGUAUCCCUUCCCAGUGAAGCUCUUCAAGUUUACAAGUCAGUUGCAACAGCUUGAAAUGGCGUUUAUGGACGUCAAAGUCGACUGUAAGCAAAACGGCAAGACCGCUGUCCUCUUUCACGGCAAGAACUUUUGCGGCCCAACUUGGGAGACCACCAUCCGCACACUCGCAAACAAGGGCUACCGCGUCAUCGCAUUGGACCAGGUUGGCUUCUGCAAGAGCUCCAAGCCUAUGGAGUAUCAGUUCAGCUUAAACCAGCUUGCUUGGAACUCGCGGGGCCUGCUGAACGCGCUCGGCGUCGGCAACGUCACUGUUAUCGGCCACUCUCUCGGAGGCAUGCUAAGCUUCCGCUUCGCACUCCAAUACCCCGAAACCGUUGACGAAAUGGUCAUUGUUGACGCUGUUGGCCUUGAAGACUACGUCCAAAAAGGAGUGCCAUAUAUCAGCGUCGACGACCAGUACAAAUCUGAAUCCAUGUCAACAUUCAACAGCAUCAAAGCCUACGAGUCGCAUUUCUACUACGUCGACCAGUGGCUCCCGGCCUACGACACCUGGGUGAAUAUGCUUGUCAACAUUUAUAACGGAUCCAAGCGUGAGGCCUACCUCCGAUGCCAGGCGCGCAUUGUCGAUCUCGUUCUGACCUCGCCCAUUGCGCACUACUUUGGCGAUAUCAAGACCAGGACGCUGCUCAUGGUUGGUGGAAAGGACGCCACAGCUAUUGGCGCUCAAUGGUCGCCACCCGAGGUUGCUGCCAAGCUUGGCCACUUUGAUAAGCUUGGCCCAGAAGUUGUCAGCCAGCUUCAAAAUGGCGAGCUGAUUGAAUUCCCCGACUUGGGCCACGCCCCUCAGAUCUCAGCCCCCGACCGAUUCCACAGUGCCCUCGUUAACUGGCUGCACUACUAAAGCGACCACCUGGAGAAAAGCAUUUGUUUUUGUACCAAUACCAUAUUCAUUGCACGGCGUGAUGAGCAUUCUUUUUUACAUAUUCCUUAGACUUUCGUAGCAGUACAUAUUUUCACCGAAUAUACAUGGCAAAUCUCUUUUUUUUU